AUGGAGCGGAUAAGUAAGUUUUAAGGCCUUUUAUUAAAUGUUUAGAGGGCUUUUAUUUGUUUAACAGUGAGAGUGUAACAUCCUGGGAUCAUGCUGUAGUGCUGCAGCUUGUCUGGUGAUGUGGCUCUCUGUCACUCUGGGGUCAUUCAGCACCCUCGUGUGUUGUGGAUCCAGUUUUAGACCACAAUGAGACUGCAGUAAGGAUUUUAGGGGUUUGACUCAGCACUUACAGGCUGUUUCAGAAUCAUCAGCAUCUCCUCCCUGCAUGAUUUUCUCAAGUUCAUUCAGACUCUUACAUCUAUUGUUGUUUCUGUCCCCCUCCUCUCUGUGCAGAUGUGCCCCAGCCGGGCCCCAUGGACCUGCCUCUGUCCCUGCUGGAGAUGGGAUGCUCUGGCAGGCUUGAGCUCAUCACACAUCCCCUGCCUGGCCAGCCUUUACCUCCACAGAGCACGGUUAGUGUGCUGCAGGAUGACUGUGUACAUUUUUACUCUCAUAGAGCUUCUAUCUCCUUAAUGUAGGGCUGGGCGACACAGGAAAAAGCUUAUCAUGAUAUAUUUUUUAAUAUCACUCGAUAUUGACAUAUAUCACGAUACAAAUAAAUCACUUGUCAAUCUUAAAUGUGUGUUAAGGUCCUUACACACCGGGACCAACGCAAAUAUACGACGCGAAAUUAUGAAAUAUUCAGAGGCGAAUUUUGACGCGCCUGACAAUACAAAUGAAGUGCGAUGUGAUUUUGGGACUUUCCGGGGGGGAAAAAACGGCAUUCUGGGAAGACUUUUCCUGGGGAAAGUCACGCCCCCUUCGCCUCUGAUUGGCUAGAAAAGCUGGAAACGUCAUCACAAGCUCAACCCAAAUGGUCAGCACUCGAGAUAUUUUGCGAUAAAAGGCCUUGCGCUAGAGAAAGCGGACUGAAUGGUCAGUUCAGUGUGGAGCGGCGAGUUUAGUCUACCAAAACAUGGCAGAAUGCCGGCUAUCAAAAAGCAUAUUGACCAUGUUUCAUAGUGAUAUCGAGGGAAAUUAAUUUUUGAUAUAUGUCAUUAGUAUUUUAUCGCCCAGCCCUACCUUAAUGCACUGCUUUUACUUUGCCUUCACAAAAUGUCACAAGGAAAUGCAGUACUUUGCAUUUGCUUCAUUUAUCCUGCAGAUGAACAUAUUAUUAAUAUAGAUGUAGUAGAUAUUGGUGUGCUGCCUUGCCUCUAGUUACUGAAUUCCUGAUCAUGUUUUUCUGCCCAAAGCUCCCCCAUGGACUACCUCCCACCAGCCUGAACCUGGAGAAAGAAGUAGAGAAGCAGUUUUUACGUGACCCUGCCUGGCUUCCCAUACACGACAUAGACUUUGCUUUCCAGAAGUUCCCAAAGUAUGUGUUUAGCAGGAAAAUAUCUUUAUUGUAACUUAGAAAAUGCAAUUUGUAGUUAUUUCAAGUAUUUAUAACGGGUGUUUUUGAUAAAACCUUUUAAAACAUGUUUGUAUUUGUAAUGUUUUUGCUGUUUUCUUCAUCAGGGUGACCCAGAGAGAAGUCAACGCCGACUCUUUACUCAACUGCACUCCGUCUUCUCUUCACUCUGGUCUCUCUGUCAUCAGAGAUCCAACCACAGGGAUGCUGCUGGACUUCACAGAGGUAGAUCAUAGACACCCAUACAUACUCAACUCUACUGUGCUGUCAUUUUUUGAUUUUUUAAAGCAUAGUGUCCUCCAGAGGCAGCUUGGGGUCAUAGGUGACAGAAAAUGAAUGCUAAACAUUUCUUAUGGGAAAGGAAAAGGUUAGGGUUAGGUCUAUUUUUUCAGCAGAAAUUAAAAAUAUGUCCUUUAAAAAAUAGCUGCUUUUCUUCAUCUCUGACGUUAGUUAUUCUGCACUCUCUCUCUGUUAGACUUGCACUUUGGCAAAGCACCUACUAUAUUUUGACUGUUGUCUGAUAUUCAUGAGCUGAAUUAGAAUGAAAAUUAUUUUGUGUUAAUAAACAUAAAUGACAUGAAUUAAAUGGCCUCUUAUCGAGAAGGAGUUGUGGAAGCGUUUUCCUUUCAUUCAUUCAUUCAUUUCAGAAUAGCACGCCUCCAUAGAAAGAAGUUGUUCUUUGAUUGUAUCGGAGAAAGAGUCCAAUGUGUUUAGAAAUUAAACAGUUAAUCAGUCUUCAUCCACCUUCAGGUGUUACUGGAAAAUACUGGUCUGUCUGCAAAGAACUCACUUUCAUUGCAACGACAACCCGGCCCUCCUUCAGAGAGCCUCAGAGGAAGCAACACGAACUACCCUUUUCUUCCUGGUGAGAUAAACUGAUUCAAACCAUCGACUGUCUAAGAGUGACCUUGCUGUGUCUGAAAGUUUGAGGUGUUUUCACUGUCCUGUGUAUCUGUUCACAGGAGGAAUGGAGGAGCUCAGUCUGGACCAGAUUAAGAAGAAAUCUGAGCUUGAGGAGGACAUCGACUUUGAGAAUGGUGAUGUGGACAUUUUGACUUGUGUUAUAAAAUGUAAGGAUUUUGUUUUUUUCAGCGCUUAAUGUUUGAUAUUCCUCUCACAGAUUUACUCAGAGUCCCUCCUGGAUUCAAAGCUGGAAUGGACUUCACUGACAAAGGUUGGUCGUUUGACCCCCUUGUGCAAAAAAAAAGCCUUUAGUGUUUUUCUAGUAAAGUUUCUAACAGUUUUAUUGUUUGUUUUUUUGUUUGGUUUUAUCUGGAAGGUUCCAAGAUGGCGAAAGCAGAGGUCAACCUCAUGUCCCUCCUGUCCACAUUCGAUGACGGCGCUUAUAUGCAACCAGACAAAGAGGAGAAAGAGGAAGACAAAAGAAAAGAAGAGACUCCUAAACUACCCAGAACAAACAGCCUGGAAGACCUGGGAAUCAAGGUGAUUGGUUUGCUUUCAAAAAACUGUUGUCUGUAUCUGAAAUGGUGAUCAACACAAAAAGAUUAGCUGUUUCUUUCUUCUUCUAACAUGUAUAUUGAUCAUUUUUAUGAUAAUAGCAUAGAAAAAAGGGGAAAGGGUGAUUGAGCUGUAAACUUUUAUGGUUAUUAAACAUUUUUACAAUAAAACUAACCAUCUAAUAAGAUUGCAAAAAGUAACACUAGGUCUUCAGUACUCCAGUCAAGAGAGGUCAAAAUAGUGCAUAAAAACAUACAAUAGAGCUCAGAAAUUGAUUCUUAUGAGUCAAAAUUGAAUUCAGAGAUAAAAGCUUUGAGCAGGAUUGUGUAUUUUUGUGUUAAAAAAAUCAAUUGAAUCAGAAUGUGUGUUAUUAGAACUUUUGGGUCAUUAGAUUUGUAACUGAAAGUGAUAAUAUAUACAUAAGAUUACGGGUAGAGGUUCUUUUUUAGUCAUUUCAAAUGACUGUAAAUGCUUAAGAUGAAGUGACGAACAGUAAAGAAUGGAUAAUGAGUUGAGUGGUUUAUUUAGUUAUCACAGUGUAAUGUAUGACUUUCUCUCAUCCGUAAAAAGUGUUUUUUAUGUAUAAAUCUGGAUCUCCUUUCAGGAUGCUGUGUCAUCUGCAGCCCCCUCAGAGAAAAACAAAAAUGAAAAACCAAAACCGAAUGAAAACCCAGAGGAAAAUAAAAAGUGGGCAAUCCCUGUCAACAUUUCUGCACCCUGUGAUGAUUUCUACAAACGCAUCCCCAACCCAGCUUUCAAGGUGGGUCCUUCAAAAUCAUCCCAGUAGCCAGAUAUAAUAACCAUGUCUCUCUUUCCUCUCUUAUUCCCUACAUGUGUAUUUAUUUUUCUGUGUAGAUAAUGACUCAUCACAUAUAAUUAUGUUUGUCUUACUGAUCUUUCUUCCUCCGCUCUCUUCUGCUCCAGUGGCCGUUUGAACUGGACACUUUCCAGAAGCAGGCUGUGCUCAGGCUGGAGGCUCACGACUCCGUGUUUGUGGCUGCUCACACGUCAGCUGGAAAAACAGUGGUGGCUGAAUACGCCAUCGCUCUCUCGCAGAAACACAUGACGAGGUGUGUGUUUGUCGGUACAGUUCAAUUUCUCUUCUGCCAACACGAUUCAGGUUGGUGCAGAGCUGUACAGCGAGCCAAACACACCCCCAUGGAAAGUUACAAGGAGAAGUUUGUCGGAGAGGAUUUUAGAACCAUAACGUUAACUGAAACUUUAGAUAGAGGAUGAAGAAAAACAUGGAUUUGUAUUGAUAGACAUCUUUGAUGGUAAAAAAACAGACAAAUUGACACUUCACUGACAGGAGGGGCGAGCAAGGGAGCGUUUCUAUUCUGAACCUGACCACCUGAUAUUUGUAUUUGAUGUUUGAGACACUUGUUCAUAAUGAAUGUACUGCAAUAAUAGGUGUUGAUUUGGCGCCCCCUGUGAGCAUGAUGUGAGCAUCAUGAUGCCCCCUUUCCCUCAGAUGAUUUUGCCCCGUCACGUUCCUGCAAAACAAAUCUCAGCCUGCUUUAUUGAAGCGGUCAAAUUUAUCACUCAUCUUUGUUAUUUGAUGUUUUGAUAGGACCAUCUACACCUCUCCCAUCAAAGCCCUGUCCAAUCAGAAGUUCAGAGACUUUAAAAACACAUUCGGGGACGUUGGACUCCUAACCGGUGAUGUGCAGCUCAGCCCUGAGUCCUCCUGCCUCAUCAUGACCACUGAGAUCCUCAGGUACUCCGGCUUUUGUCACAAAUAUUAAAUCGAUGUUCUGGAAAAGAUCAAAAGCUUUAAGUUUUAAGGUUUAUCGCUCUCUAUCUGUCAGGUCCAUGCUUUACAACGGCUCAGAGGUGAUCAGAGACUUGGAGUGGGUGAUCUUCGACGAGGUUCACUACAUCAAUGAUGCUGAGGUCAGAAACUUCAUCCUGUAUCUUAUGAUCAUUUUAAAACACAGAAACAGUUUUCAUCUUCUCUCUCUCUUUCUCUAUCUCCUUCUUGUUUCUGCUCAGAGAGGUGUUGUUUGGGAGGAAGUUUUGAUCAUGCUUCCUGAUCACGUCAGUAUCAUUCUUCUCAGCGCCACAGUGCCGAACGCUCUGGAGUUCAGUGAGUGGAUCGGGUAGGUACAGACUAUUGAAGCAAAGUAGGAUCAGGCCUUUAUUUGAGGCAUUCAUGUAUUAAAGCAGGUCUUUGUGUUUUGUUUCCUCCGUUAUUGUUCAUAUGUUCACUAGAUUUGUAUAAACAUGUCAUUCUAACUCCUAAAAUAAUGCAUCAAAAUCAACCUUUUUUAUGUUUCCUUCUCUCUCCUGUAUUAUUCUUCAUCCACUCAGUCGGAUAAAGAAGAGGCAUAUUUACGUGAUCAGCACCAUGAAGAGACCUGUGCCUUUGGAGCAUCAUCUCUACACUGGAAACAGCACCAAGACCCAGAAAGAGUUGUUCCUGUUGGUGGAUGCUGUGGGAAACUUCCUCACGAAAGGGUAAAAACUUGCACAUCUUUAUCUCACAGAUAUCUAUGUUGAGUUUUUAUUGAUGCUUUCAUUCAAGGUGAGUUUGCUGUUUGUGUUUAAGAAAAGUGUGCUUGUUAUUCAGAUACUAUGCAGCUGUCGAUGCAAAAAAGGACCGCACCAGCAAACACGCCCAAUCAUUUGGCGCAAAAAACACGUCUCAGAACACCACAGCUAGUCAGGUAACUAAUCAGUUUUUUCUGUUCUUCUGCUGCUUUUUGAUUUCUCUCAAACCACGUCUUCAUGCUUCACUUUUUAUUCUUCUUUGUUUUUUUUAAAUAUCACCAGGACCGAGCGGUGUGGCUCACUCUCCUUCACUACCUGUCCCAGAGGCAGCAGACGCCAGUGGUUGCGUUCACGUUCUCCCGGACACGCUGUGACGACAACGCACGCUCGCUGGACUCCAUGGACCUGACCACAUCUGUAGAAAAGGCAGAGAUCCACUCUUUCUUCCAGAAGAGCAUGAGUCGCCUUCGAGGGGGAGACCGGCAGCUGCCUCAGGUAGAAAUCAGCAGAUUGGCCUCCUGAUUAUCUCAUCUCAGGCUUUACAAAGAAGAGAUUAGGAAAUUUCUUCUCAUUGAGGCUGUUCAGGCCUUGCAGAAACCAUGUCUUUGAUUCAGGAGUAGCUUGACAGUAGGAACACAACACUUGUAGUCCAUUUCCUGGACUUGUCUGCGUGUCUCCUCUUGUGGAGCUCAAGUUUAAAACAACAAAAAAGUCUUGAAAUAUUUCACUUUGCCUGUGAUGAAUCUGGAAUAUAUGGAAGUUUCACUUUUUAUAGGAAAAAAAUGAACUAUUUUGGGCCAGUCCAAGUUUUUUGUUGUGAUGCUAAGACUUUUAAAAUGUCACGUUCAGAUUUUGCUCAUGAGGGACCUGCUGAAGAGAGGGAUAGCAGUUCACCACAGCGGGAUCCUGCCGAUUCUGAAGGAGGUCAUUGAGAUGCUCUUCUCGAGAGGUCUCGUGAAGGUGAGUCAGACAAAGAUAAUCAUGAGGCAGAAUUUUUUCAUCAGAUAGUGUGAUGGUGUCAUUCGUAACUCCAGGGCAGAAGAUAACUAACCUUAGAGUCCAUCUCCUAAAACAAGCAUCUCUAUCUCCUCUUCAUCUCCAGGUUCUUUUUGCCACAGAGACAUUCGCCAUGGGAGUGAACAUGCCCGCCCGCACUGUUGUAUUCGACAGCAUCAGGAAACACGACGGCACCGGCUUCCGAAAUCUGCUGCCAGGUUCGACGCUCUCUCCGUUUCUGUCUUUGUUUUGUCUCUUUCAUCAGAACCAACAUUUUUCACGCCGUUUCAUCAUCGCCGGUUGAAUCGGGGUCGAGGAAAACAGCAGAGUGUGUUUGAUAUCUCAUUCAUGUUUCAGGUGAGUACAUUCAGAUGGCGGGCAGAGCGGGCAGGAGGGGCCUGGAUGCCACAGGUACAGUCAUCAUUCUGUGUAAAGCUGGAGUGCACGAGAUGGCUGAUCUGCACGUAAUGAUGCUGGUAAGGAAAAACAAAAUGGAGAUCUCUGUUUCUUUAAAAUCAGGAACAACAAUCAACAUUAUUUCAGCCUCAUUCAGACUUAUGUUGAGAUCUCCUGUUUGUUUCAGGGUAAACCCACCAUCCUCCAGUCCCAGUUCAGACUCACCUACACCAUGAUCCUCAACCUGCUGCGAGUGGAAGCCCUCCGUGUGACCGACAUGAUGAGGAGGAGCUUCUCUGAGAGCCACAGGGACACUCAGGUAAUGUACACCUGCAGAGCAAAGCAGGCACUUCUAAGUAAUCGACCAAUUAGUCAGAGGAAAAUUAGAGAAAGUCAGAAAUAAGCACCCAAACAUAGAGUAAUUGAGUCUACCUUUGGUCUCCAUUAUUAUAUAUGUUUGAUUAAUCACCCAACACUAAUGCCGCAUUAAUCACAAACCCUGUAUUUCAGUAGACAACUGUUUUUGAUUGCUUAAAAAGCACCAGUUUUGUCGUAACUUCUGCACUGUUUAAAAGUGAGUAUUAUCAUGCAGUAAAAACAGGAAUACAGCCACAGCUUUAUUUCUUCUCUGACUAUUUUAAUGCCUCCAAACUGUCGUCUACCUCCUGGCUGCUUUGUCCUCUUUUCCCUGCCUCAUAAAAAAGGUGUUUUUAAAAUCUUUUCUCCUUCUCCUGCAGGCCCACGAGAAGAGGAUCAGCCAGCUGAAGCAGACUUUGUCCUCUCUGCCUCCUCUGGACUCAGACGGCCAGCUGUCUGACAUGUUGCCUUAUUAUCACACCGUGACUGAGCUGAGAACCACCACAGAGAUCCUCCAGGUUCAAACACACUCACACAUAUAUGUAUUCUGUAACCCUUAGCUUUUAUUAUGCUACAUUUUUCUCUCUCUGUCUUCGUUUUCAGCGUGCGAUUCUGGACUCUGUGAAUGGGCUGAAAGCUCUGUCAGUGGGUCGAGUUAUCGUGGUCAACUACAAACAGCAUCUGAACGCCCUCGGAGUUAUUCUACAGGUGGAUGUUUGAGCUUAUUUUUAAUAUUUUUCUAAAUUGGCAUCAUAGAAACUUAAAUAACUACAUUUAAAACUUGUAAUGAGUGGCUUGACUCUUGAAGGAGGAAUUUUCGGAAGCUCAAUUAACACAAAGAAUACAAAAAUACUUAAUUCAGAACUAGUUAGCAUGUUUGUUUAACCUGUUCCUACUCUCCUCUCAGGUGUCUAAUGAUGCUGUGAAUCGCACCUUCACCGCUCUCAUUAUCUGCGAGAAAGGAAACGAGGAAGGUGAAGAAAAAAGUCACAAUGCUUUUCCCCACCUGUUCAACACAGCACUCUUUAUUCCUGAAGGUUAGUCGCUCCACGUUUCUACCCUCAGAUUCACUUAAAUCACCCCGGUUACAUCUCAGUGAUAAUGCCGAGGCUUUCACAGAACAUUUUUCAGUCAUGGUAACCUCAGAGGAAGCUUGUGAAAUACUCCUGUUUCACUCUUGUCAGGUCCCUGCAGCCACACUGUGCAGAAACUGAAGCUUCAGGACAUCUCGGCCAUCACAGUGAAAACCCUCAAAGUGAUUCCUGACAGGAUCAUCGACAACUAUAACAAGAGGCAGCAGCCGAGGUUCAGGUGAGGGUCUUAAAUCAUUCUAUUGAAAUAUAUUAACAUCCUAACUCAGAUAUGAUCUAUACUCUCUCAUUGGUUUCCUGCUAUCCUGCAAACUGACAGCUGGUGGCAGUGAAGCAACAGGAAAUACACACUGAGGGCAGAUAGAGAGACAUGUAAAGCUAAUGUAAGAGAGCGCAGUUAAGUUUUUCUAGCCAACUGAUAUGAAUAAUGAAAACCCAAGAAGGGCCUUAUUAUCACAAAUGAAUGAUAACACCCACAUGUUUAUUGGAGUUUUAACCGACUAUAGAACACACUGGAUAUAACACAAAUACCUCUAUUACAUUUGUUACUAACCUGUUAAAGCUGCCUACCUGGAUAGUGUCUUAAAAAAGACACACAGCACUAACUUUUGAGUUGCUUUUAUUUGCAUGUUAAUAAAUGGAACCUAUGGCAAAUUAUUAUAAUCAUAAUACAAAUCAAAUAUAUCUCAACCAUUUCUUGGCAUACAAAGCAUGUUUUUUUCUCUAUGACAGCUUGUUAACUCUAAAACAGUUAUGGCAAAUGUUCAGUGUAAAUACUGUUGUGAUGAUAGAGCAUUUAUGUUAAACAUGGCGUCAAGUCAUGUUCUAAUGCUGCGUUCCGAGCUUCGAGUCGGAAAUUCAUCUGGAACGCCCCCCUGAAGUCGGAUUUCCGACUCGGAAAGUCGGACGAUCAUCACCAACCCCGACUUGAUGACAACGUCAUAAUCCAAGAUGGCAGUGUAGUGCAUCAACAGUAAAGAGUAACAGUGAAAGCUCUCGUAGUGUAUUAUUUAUUAGCACUUCUGUUUUGUUUUUGUGAAAUUAAAUAAGUGGUUUAUGUUGUACUGCCCAAUGUCUAACUGUGAACACGGUGCUAUGGUGUUUGUAAGAGUAAAAUACUGUGUUGUGGGUUGUUUACAACUGGUAUAGCUAACAACAACUGACAACUGCUAACAACAACUGACAACGGCUAACGACAGCUGACAAUUGUAAACAACAGCUAACAAUGCCUAACAGCAAGCAUCCAUCUUGGUUUUCCAACUUGUUAACUGGAACGCCGUCAACUUGGGUGUAGCGUCAUUCCCAGCUCCGACAUUCGCCUUUCCGAGGUAACUGGAAUGCAGCGUUAUACCCAUAGCAUAACCCUAUGCUUUCUGUCAGCCACUAGCUCUUAUCUCACACUUAGAUUAGGGGUUGUGAUGUUGUGAUUGACAGCUCCAUUAACCAAUGCCGUACCAGCCUGAAGUUAAAUGUAUGUUUUGGUAAGAUCUAAGGAGGAGACUGGACAUCACAUUUGUGCCUCAUGAGUUGGAUCCUGUUAGCACAUGCCUUGGCUCCAAAUAGGUGAUAAUAGAAGUACGUCAGCACCAAUCAUGGGGGGAGUUUGGCUUCACUGUUUUUUCCAGCGGGAGCAGAUGUCGUCCAUAUUUGUAUGAUGCUCAGUGGUUAGGAGAUGGCAGGAUGGCUUAUUUGCUGUGUAUGUGACAGAAAUAGAGGGAGUAGAGGUACUGCCCUGUCUUCAAGGAUCCUGAUGACUGUCAGGAAUACGAAGUUUCUGCUCUGAGCUUUAAAUACUUGAAUGAAAAACUCAAAUCCUUCAAAUAAGCCGGGCUGUUUGCUGAGAUAGCAGACCUGCUUCAGUACAAAAAGUUCCAAGUCAUGAUUUUAUUUGUCCCUUGUGCAACAGACCUACAGAUGUUAUUCCCUGUUGUACCGUCGACUUGGAGGCAGAUAGUACAAGUGGUGCUUUUAAGGGAGGCUGCAGAUGUCCAUUAUGUUUCUGGUGUCUAAAGAGUUGGACAGCUUUCUCAUGAUGAUGGACACUUGAGUCUAUUUUUGGACUGCUUUCGGUACUGCUACUACUUUGGAGAGCUUUGUCCUGCCGAGACUCAGUGUUGAAAAUGCACAUCUAUUUUUCAUUAAGGAUUCAUAUACUCUACGACUGAUUUCAGCUGAUGAGGAUGUGAUUUCCUCAUUUACUGCCGUUUGUGUCUCUGGUGUCAGUUAUUGUGUACGCUAAAUUCAAAACCACUUAUUGAGGUCUUUUUUAUCAGACUGUUCGUCGUCUCAGACCAAAACAAGAUUAUCUUCCUCACUCUCCUUCCCCCCCCAUCUCCUCCUUCAGACACGACCCUCCCGGCCAGGCCAUCUCCACGGCAACCCAGGAGCUCCUGCGAUUGGCCGAGGCCAGCCCCGGCGGCAUAGCGAGCCUGGACCCUGUGAACGACCUCCAGCUGAAGAGCGUGGAUGUGGUGGAGGGCUCUAUGAGGCUUCGCGUGCUGCAGGAGAGCCUCAAAGAGUUCAACUGCAUCCACUCGCCCACUUUCGCAGAGCAGGUGUGUGUGUGUGUUUUAUCCCUUAUGCAGUGUUUUUAAAGUGGUUAUUUAUAUUUUCUGAUGAGGCCAGCUUUUUUUUUCUAAUUACACGUUUGCUUAUGAAUUCUUUUGUGCAGUGAUUGCAUAUUUAUGCAGCUAAUUAACAUCAUACCCUUGCAUAACACACUCAGACUGGCCCCUUUUAUAUUCCUCCCUUUAGUUUCUCUCUCAUCCCUCCGUCAUUCCGCCCUCUAUUUUCGCUGUAAUGACAUCAAACUCCGGCUGCUAGAUUCCUCCUUCUGCGCCGCGUAUCACGUCUUCCUGGCAGUCUCGCUGAGGAGAUAAGAUGCGAGGAUCUGGAGCCUGCUGUUUCUAUAAUUACACAUAUAGGCUUAUAGCUGCAGCUCAUCGCCGUCUCACAGGCGCAGUGUGUCAUUUGAGCCAUCUCACACACACACACACACACUCACACACAUUCACACAGGCUUUGAUUACGUUGCAAGAUAGGAGCUCUGUUAGCAGUAUUAUGUCUCCAUUCAACACCGCACACUCCUGUUUUGUCUUCACGCAGCAUUGUGGGUUUAAUAAAGUGAUGGUUAUUGUAAUAAUACUCCGCAAAGCGAGCUGUUAGUAAUUGGCCUCUGUGGGAUCAUGUUACACUUACACAGUUAGACUCCUUUGUGUUACCAAUCAGAGGACAAUAGGCAGUAUCUUUUCUCUCGGCUACAGUGCAGUGUAGUUUUUAUUGUUCUGAAAUCAGGUCAAGUGCUGCUUUCCUGAUGUUGUAUGUGUGAGAUAAGAGGCCGUGUUGUAACCCAUGUGUGUGUUUUUAUGUGCGUUAUAGUUUGCUCGUGUUCAGGAGAGGAUGGGAGUGCAGGAGGAGCUGGACCGGCUGCUGUUCCUGGUGUCCGAUCAGUCUCUGUCUCUGCUGCCAGAAUACCACCAGAGGAUCAAGGUCUGGAUCAAACACUUUCGUAACUGUUUUUACAAAUUAUUAUUAUCAUUAUCCACUUUGAGGAGAAAGGUAGAAAAAGCUGUUUUUGCCUCUUUUUGCCACUAUAAAUGAUAUAUUUUUCUGUUAUAAGUCUGGAGGAUGAGAUUUUUUUAAAGAUACCUCUGAAAUUUGAGAAUAGCAUCUAUGCAAAGGCGGCUUUGUCCACAGGAGGGCGCCAUAAUUGACACAAACUGAAAGUCUCUUACAGGAGCUUUAAGGGACUUAUGCUGCGUACGAGUUUUCUCGGAAGUCAGAUGUCGGAGCUGAAAAUGACGUCACACCCAAGUUACAAGCGUUUCAGUUACCAGGUCGAAAAAAAGCAAAAUCGGAGGCACUUAAAAUAAUUGGACAAACUUAAAAUAACCAAAAUAACAAGCGCUUAAAUAACUUUCGUAGAUGUAGCCAUCUUGUUUCCGCCUCCGAUUUUGCCUCUAUUCUGACUCGGUAACUGAAACGCUUGUAACUCAGGUGUGACGUCAUUUUCAGCUCUGACAUCAGACUUCCGUGGUAAAAAAUAGUAACAGAAAGUGUGUUUUUGUGUGUGCAUGAGUGAAUCGAAGCCAAAACAUAUUCAUCCCAAACAAACACUCUGAGGUUUCCUUAUCAUCUGUUUUUUAUCAGGUGCUGCAGUCUCUUCAGUACGUCGACGGCAACGGGGCGGUGCAGCUGAAAGGCCGCGUCGCCUGUCAGAUCAGCAGCCACGAGCUGCUCCUGACCGAGCUGCUGUUCGAGAACGCCUUGAGCCCACUUGCCCCCGAGGAGAGCGCCGCCCUGCUGUCCUGUUUGGUCUUUACGCAGAACACGCAGGUGGAGCCGCACAUCACCAACACGCUUCAAGAGGUAAGGAGGACGCGUGUUAGCUUUAUGGAAACAACACAAUUAAAAUGAUGGCUGUUGUGACGUUUGUGCGCUGACAUAAUGUACAGACUCUGCCUCCUCCAUGGAUGACUCACGCAUGGAUGACUCUCACAUCAUAUUACAUUGUACUUGUACAUCUCUGGCAUUACAUCCUUGGCCUGCAGAAAGGACAGCAGGGGCACUUCACCUGACUCAGCCCAGUCCCUUUCUCACUUAUUUAUUCACUCGUGUCUCCAUCUCUGUCAUCUCCGCUGUGGGUGUGUGAGUCUUGAACUGCCCCUGAUACAUGAAAGUGCUUUACGAGUUCCUGAAUUAGUCAUGACACGAGCUCUGCAGACCUGCAAGAGCACAGCAGACAGUUUGUUAAACAGAUUUCUGGAACAAAAAUGACAAGGUCAGUCUGCUGACACUGAGAGAAAAGUAAAUGAUGCAUUAAAGGGCCGCAUGUAAAACUAAAAUCCUUCAGGCUUCACUUGCUACUUCCAAUCUCCCCACACCCCUCUCAUUCUCUCUGUGGUUCUCUCUUUCCUUUACUUUCAGGGUAUCGAUCGGGUUCUUGCAGUGGCCAAGCGUAUUGGAGAGCUGCAGAGGGAUUGUGGGAUACCUCAGACAGCGGAAGAGUUUGUGGGCCAGUUCAAGUUUGGCCUUACGGAGGUGGUUUACUGCUGGGCAAGAGGCAUGGUGAGGUUCAACUCUGCUGUUGAAAGUGAAAUUUUCACACAGUGCGUUUUUUGCGGAUCCUUGUGUGUGCAAACCAUUGUCAUUUCAACAUGAACAAUUUUAAUCCUUCUCUUGUUAAUGGGGCUGUUCUUAUCCAAGCAAGGCCACAGAGAAGAAAUGAUCAUUAAUGGACUGUAUUUGGUAAAUGGACUGCACUUUCUCCUGUCCUCUAACCACUCAAAGCACUUUUACAUAACACAUCACCUUCACAACACAUUCAUACACUGGUGCAACUAUGUAAAGCACCCAUUAGUGUUUAUUAAUACCAUUCACACACCGCUGGGUACAGUCUGUGGAGGCAGUUUGGGGUCUACAGUCUUGCCCAAAGACACUUGAACAUGUGGACAACAGAAGCUGGGAUCUGACUCUAGGGCUGGGCGAUAUAAAAAAAGUUUAUCACAAUAUAUUUUUUCCAUAUCAGUCAGUUUGGAUAUAUAUAUAUAUCACGAUAUAAAAAAUUAAAAUUUAACAGUGCUUAUUGUUAGCAUGUCUUUUGCAAUACAAUAAGCUACUUAUUAUGCUGUGUUCUGUUAUGUUUGUCUUUAAACUUUUGCCUUUAAAUGAGUGAAAAGUGAAAAAGUAAAUGAAAAAGUGAUAAGAUGAAAUGAGGUUAAAACAGGAUGAGUGAAACGUUCAACAGAAAAUUAUCAGAGCUUACCAAAAACCCAUUAUCUGACUACACCGGUGAGAUUUGAAUAACCCACCAAACAUCCUAAAUGACGAUUCCCGGAAGUGAUGUACUUAUUAGAAAUCAUACUUUCAACAAAUAUAUUUUGGCUCCCACACAUAAGGUAUUGAGGGCUUACUCCUGUGAUACUAAUGUGUCUCUCUUGCACACUAGAAGACAGAAUUGAGACCUCGAGUAUGAGAUCAUUUAAGAUCUUACAGUUAGAUGUUAGACUUGUUUUGUCUGUCUGAUUACUUUCCAUAAUCUUGCUUUCCUGAAAUGUUUUGUUGCAGAUUUUUCAUAACUUCUUCCAUUCCCCUCACCCUGUCUUGUCUGCAGCCGUUUGCAGAGAUCGCCCAGCUCACAGACGUCCAGGAGGGCACGGUGGUCCGCUGCAUCCAACGCUUGGACGAGGUGCUGAAAGAGGUGUGUCAGGCGGCCCGCAUCGUGGGUGACUCCGUCCUGGGGAGUAAAAUGGAGAAGGCCUCCUUGGCCAUCCGCAGGGACAUCGUCUUCACCGCCUCCCUCUACACCCACUGA